AUGCCUUCACCGACAGACCAGAAUCCUGCAAAUUUUAAUCCUGUAAAUAAAGAUUCUACUGAUAUACCUAAAGAGGGUUCCAUCGAUGAUACGACCAUUGUAGACGAUACGAGUGAUGUCACUCGUAAUGAAUCCGAUGUGGUCGUGAGCACAGGUUCUUCCCCAUCGCAAAUGACAACAUCAUUUUACUCUGAUGGCACCAUGUGCGUUACUACCGCUUCUUCCGCUCCUGCCGUAUCUUCAAAUGAUGCUCCGAAUCCUGCUGUUCCUGUUGCUCAAAAAUCCUCUCAAAAAACGUUGAAACAAUCCGCUUCUCACAGACCUGUUAGAAGAACAAGAGGUGUUCCUAAAACUGUUAACGUCGCUUUGAAUCCUCCGCAUUUACCCGAUUCUUCUUCAGGCGAUAAAAAAGACUCCGUUCCCGUUUCACCCGCGAAUGUCUCGAAUCCAUCUGUAUCUACUUCAUCUACCACUCCUGGUCGAUCGUUACAACCGAUAAUACCGGCUUCCGGUUCUUCAUCUUUAUCAACAAACACUACUCGUCGUGGUUUGCCACAAAAAGAUGUGACUCGUGCGAAUAUUGCUGAUCGUUAUCUAGAAUUCAUUCUUUAUUGCAAUCCUUCCGCCCCAUCUGAUUUGGAUGUGUCGUCUCUCAUUCGUUCCUUCAAUUCCGUUCCAAAAUCUGAUGGUAAAACUUUUGAUACUUGGGUUCUUUUUCAACUUGUCUCUAAACAUCAUUCGGGUGAGAUAAAGACCUGGACUAAAUUGGCUCAGCAGUUGGGUGUUGAACGUACUAAUGAAUCGAGUCCUCAAAAAAUUCAACAAUAUGCUGUAAGACUAAAGAAAUGGAUGCGCUCUAUUCAUAUAGAUGCUUUCUUCGAUUAUAUUUUAUCAAAAUCUAAUGAGUAUUACGAGGAUCCAUAUAAAAAUCCAACUGGUGCUGAUCCUGGUAGUGGCGCUGAUGAUGAUGAUAGUGAUUUAGUAUUAAAAUUAAUUAGAAGGGCUAGUAGUAAACGUCAAAAAAGAAAAUAUACUCGUCGUAAUACUGAUCCUGAAUCUAUGCAGCUUGAUGAUUCUGGUAAGCGAAAAAAGUCUAAUGUUCAGUUCGCUUCUUCUCAAGAGAAAUUACCUAAACUUGGUAAACCGAAAAAUGGUCAUAUUCCAACUCCUAACCCUUCUCCUACUACGAUGCCAGAUAUGAAACUUCUUCAUAAUUCAAAUGUUAGUGGUGAUACUAGUCAUUUUCGUGUUGUAUCUAAUACUUCUGGUGGUCCUGCUACUCAAUUACGAUGGCGAAGUAUUUCUGUUGGUGGUGGUCCUAUACCUACACAAUCUGGUGAAGUUUUAUCCUCUCAACAAUUUUCUCCCUCUGUCACAUCAACAACCUCUCCUCCUCAUAAAACUAAUACUGCUUCAAGACGAAGACAAAGCUCUGAUACUUCUGGUCAUUUUGAUAGUUUUCGACUUUCAAAUAAACGUGGACAACAAAAAACAGAUAGACCUCACUCUCCAACAAAUACUGCUUGGCCAUGGUCUAAUAAUUUACCAAAUAAUACCCAAGAUAAUAAUUCCGGUUUUUCAUAUUCUGAACUUCUUCUACCUCCGACUACUGUAUCAAGUGAUCCUAAGGAAACUAUCAGUCUAUUUCAAGAAAGAUUAGUUAAAGCUGUUGGAAUGCUAGAGGAUAGCCAGCGUAAAAUUGAAAUGUUGGAGAAUGUAGUUCGCCAGAGAGAGGAUGAAGUUAGGAAAAGAGUUGCCAGGCGUCUUAGAGAAGAUGUUGUUUCUCUAUUUCAACGAUAUGAAUAA